AUGGCACUUAACUUCACAUCGGAUACGAAGAGACUCAUUUGCCUGGCAAUUUUGUUGGGAAUUUAUCUUCUAUCCGGCGCUGCUGUCUUCCAAGUUCUUGAAAAUGAGAAUGAUAAAUUGGAAGUACAGCAACUGAAUUCUGUGAAAAGGUUCUUCUUAAAAAAGCAUAACAUGACAUCAGAGGAUUUUGAUUUUCUCGUGGAGAGGGUUGAAAGUGCUGUGAAGCACCGCUGUGGGAACGACCCGGAUCAAUGGUGUACUUCUAGGUGGACAUACUACGCUUCAGUGUACUUUACAUGGAGUGUUGUGACCACUGUAGGUAAGGUGUUUGCGUUCCGAGUGUAAGCGUAACAAAAAGGAGUAACUUAUUGCUAUUUUAAACACAUCGCUCAUUAAACUGGCCUGUUUUUUAUUAUUAUUUUUUUUACGUUCUCGUUGCCGUCGCAGUGUCGUGGUCCCGUAAGCGAAAACACUACAGAGAAAUUCGAACAUGGAACUCCAACACUCGAGUUUGCUCUGAUUUACUUAAGUUGGCAAGUUCUACUAAGCUCUUUGAUUUCUCUCGUUAAUGUAAUGUUAAGCAAACGGUUUCCCUAAAAAUAUGCAAUUUUGUUUCCUUGCCAGAACCAAUACGAUAUAAAGCUCGUUAUCAUGACUGUCUAAAAAUUCUUGACCCCUCUCUUAAUUCCUGGUAGAGAGGGGGUGAAAAUUGCGUACUUUUAAAGUAUAGUAACAAACAAAAGGCAUAAAUAUACCAACUAGCGUGUUUCAUCUUCUUAAAAAGAAAAUGAGAAAAACAUUAUUUAGUGGCAACAUUAGUAACAACCAACAGCAGCAAAGGACAGUUAAUCUUCUUUUAACUGCUGUUACAACGAUGCAGGCAUUAUAAAAAUUAUGAAAAUUAUGAAAAUUAUAUCAUAUAUUGCAUCUGCCCAAAAGUGAGACUAGCAAUAAAUUAGUUCAAAACAAUCUCUUUCCUCUCCCUUCGCAGGCUAUGGUCACCUGGCUCCCAGUACCGUUGGCGGUCGCGUAUUCUGCAUGAUUUUUGCCUUAUUUGGAAUACCUCUAAACCUUAUGGUGUUACGUCACAUUGGAGACCGCGUCAAUCAAGUGAUUAGUUACAUUCAUUACUUUGUUGAAACAAAGCUUCUCAAUCAGAAACCGGAAGUGGUAGCCACCAAGACUCUGAUAUGGACAUUAGUGGUUCUUAUUUUGAUGUUGUUUGUCGGCGCUGUUCUUUAUUUGCAGGAAGAACAGUGGAACUUUCUAGAAGGAGUGUAUUUCUGUUUCAUCACAUUUUCCACCAUUGGAUUUGGAGAUCUUGUACCCAAUGGAGGUGAGGAGUCUAUUUUAGGAAGUGGCCCACAUGGCAAGCGUCGAGAGGGGUGUGGAAGAACAAGUAGUUAAGCAGAACCAUAGUGAAAGGGAGGAGCGGUUAGUUAGUUGGUUUUCUAUCUGAAAAGACCCUCACAGUCUGCGCACAGGGGCUAGAAAUGAAAAUAAAAAUUGCGUAUCCGCUCCGAGAAGUCGGGUGGUGUAGGUUGCCAUAAAGCGAACUUAACGGAAAGUGUCGACCACCUAUCCUCGUGCCUUCCCCUUUCCCUUCGGCGAGGUACCACCCUUGCGCUCAUUCAUUUCUGAUUUCUGGCCUCUCGUCUUCCUUUUUAUUAUAUUCCAGCCCUUUAAAAACUCUACUUCUUUUGAUUUCUCGUUGUUAAAUUAACUUCCUCGUAACUAAGUAGCAUUAAGGAUAUCCAUGCCAGCGGUUCAAUAAAGAUGCCAGGUCCGGUUAAGACGUAACAACGUACCGCAUGCACUUGCAUGCGGUGUCCUUAACAUAUAUAAGCCCAAAAUGCGAGUCACAUCAUAUGCAUUAACCCGUGCUUGUUGGAGAUGUGACUUAAUGACAUCACAUGUGUCAGUAAUUAGGCUUACUUGGCAACAGAACGGGGACGUCGGUUGACGGCGGCGCUGGCAAAUCACACAACUGGCUUGACCAAUGGCUGAGUGGUAAAUUGGGCACCGGAAGUUGAGUUUAGUCCUUUCGCGCACUUUUUCGUCUUCAAAUGACAAUCCCGUUCUGUUGCUAAAUCAGUCUAUGUUAAUUCGAAAACGCACGUGUGCGACAAAGAAUUUGUAACCUUUCCAGACUUUCAAACAGUUUUUCAAACUUAUUUGUUAUUAUCUUUCAGGUCAAGCUCCUACUGAUGUUGUAGGUAUAAUUAUGGAACUGCUAAGAGCUGUUGUCGUCUUAUUAGGAGUAUCAAUGUUCUUCUCUAUUAUUACAUCCGUAUUAACUGCUUCGGAAGAACUAAGAGUUAAUUUUCCAUCUGGAAAAUGCCUCGAUUCCACGGAAAAGGGUUCAGGGGACUUACAAGGAGACAUGCGCAGUGAAGAAAAGACUAAAACGGAAGAUCCAGGCGGAAGAAUAGAUAUCGAAGAUAUCAAAAAUGGAAGUGACGAGGCAAGCAAAGAGGAAUCAAGUAUUUCAAAUAAAUUAGUAAAUGAUACUAAGGAAAGGGUGAAUGAACAAGUACAAAAGGGAGAGCCUGGGACAAACGACAAACUGACCUAUCCUGGAGGCGGGUAA